CAUUCUUGUAAAACAUAAAACGAGAUACAAUGGAUGCAAUCAAAGCUCUAUCCUCUUUUCAAGUUGAUGUGAAGAUUAUGAGUGCAAAAAACAUCCAAGUUUCCAACUCCAAAGACUACUUGUUUGUUAGAUGCUACCUUUCGGUUGGAAAUAACAAAAGGGUGCGUUUAGAGAGUCAUGCAAUCUCUCCAAAUGAGAAAAUCAGUUGGAAUGAAUCAUUCUCUUUGGAUUGCAUAGCGACACAAUCCAUAGACGCGAUCAUUCAGGGAACUGUGGUUUUUGAACUCCGUUCCAGGAGUAGUAAAACUCCUUUGUUACACAAGUUCAUUGGAGGUAAUGCAAACGUUCGUGGGUCACAACUCCUUGGAAGAGGUGAAGUCUCAUGGAGAAGUGUUUUCGAGUCCCAAAACAUGGAAGGUGAGAGGUGGCUAGUGAUGAGAUCAAAGAAAGCUGACAUUAAAGCGCCUUCUAUUUGUGUAAGUAUGAAGAUUCAAAACCCACAGGUGAAAAAUGAAACAAAGUCGACGAAAACUUUUGGCAAGUUGAAGAAUAAGCGGGAUGAAAGCUGUGGUUGCUCACAUGGUCACUGUUGUGAAACUUCGUGCAUUGAUAGUGAGCUUUUUGCCAUAGGAUUUGCCUUGGAUGCUUUUUAGGUAAAAAUAAAAUUUGGAAAAUACAUAGAUUAGAAAAUAGAUAGAACGAAAACACUUGCCUAAUACAAUGACAUGUAUGAAGGUUAUAAUUAUGUAAAAGGUAAAUGUUUGUUGUUUGGUUGACAAGGGACACAAUCAUUGUUCAUAUAAAAAAUUUGGUGUACAUGUAAUGUAAAAAGACACCUAUAUAUGGCUAUAUUACCCUAAUUAAAUAAUUGAUUUGUGCUA